AGCAUUUGAAAAAUUCAGGAAGUCUUCAGCCUCGAGAAAUCUGAAACGCCACGUGGUUUUAAGCUGGGCUGGGCUUCCUGCAUAGACAUCUGUGCUCACUCAUGCUGUAACCCCUUCACCGUUACAACCCUCUCUCUCUCUCUCUCUCUCUCUCUCUCUCUCUCUCUCGAGAUACCGAGAUAGGACACACAGUGAGAUACAUGUAAGAUAUUAGUGCAGCCGACUUGCAUACACAUGGUGUCUAGCUAGCUGUGUUUAAUUUGCUACCAAUUCUCCGCAUUUCAUGAGAUUGGAGCGGCAGAGUUUUCUUCUCAAUGCGAGGGAUCAGAUUUUUUUAAGCGGAAUUGAGUUCCCUUGUUGCCUUCAUGCGUAUAUGCGCAGGCGCAGCUGCUGUGGGGAGAGAGAGAAAGCUGUACAUUUCUACUUGAUCCUGCAACUACGAGUUUCUUGGUCAAAUUUCCGUUGCUAAAGACGUUCAGCAAGAACAAGUUCAAGGUUUGUGGCUUAAAGAGAUGAACAAAUGAAUGUACAUCAAACACAAUCUAGCUCUGGUUGAGAGUUUACAAAAUGCAAUUUUGUUAUUGGUGCUGAAUACAUGGGGCGUCGGGUAGAAAUCACACUUCUUUGUUUCAUUACCGUGGUCUGGUUUCAGCAGACUCUUUCUGAUGGGCCAGCAACAAGUUCUGACACGGACAAGUGGACAUGCACUUGUUCUAUUGCGCGUGAACAAACCUUGACUUUUGCCCUGGCAAACUGCUCUUCUUCCUGUGAUUGUAACCCUGCUGCAGGAGGAUCAGAUGAAAAUAGAUGGACUUGCAUUUGCAAUGCUGGUGGGCUACCUAGGUUAGUAGGUGAAGAAAAUGGCAGUAGCUGUUUUACAGCGUGCAAUUGUAAUGCUGGGACUUUAUCCGAGUUGGAACCUUCGAAGAAACGCAUUCCAGUCAAAGUUGUUUUCAUAGUUCUCUUACUCUGUCUCGUCCUGACAGCCAUUGGAUUGGCUGCUAUAAUGUUAUGGCAUGUCUAUCGGAAGGACAAGCAUCCAGUUCAAUGGGCUUCAUCUUCAUCAGAUAGACUAACAAGUUGUAGUAGUGCUGUAAACUUGAUGAGCCAUGGCUCUUCUCCUAUGCCAGUAUACAAAGGAUAUCUAGAUUCUUCUGCCAAACCUUUUAUGGGGUGCAUUCCCCAGAAUCCAUUCCUGUUGAGAAGGGGAACAAAAGCACUGCAUGGAACGAUAAUACAGUUUUCAUAUUCUGAGCUGGAAAACGCAACAGACAAAUUUUCUGAUACUAAUUUGGUCGGAGUUGGAGGAUGCAGCCACGUCUACCGUGGUAAUCUCAGAGAUGGUAGAACGGUUGCAGUCAAGAAAAUGAAAAGACAAGGUGGCCCGGACGCAGAACAUGUUUUCCUGGCUGAGAUACAACUGAUUGCAAGACUUCACCACUGUCAUGUGGUUCCUUUGCUUGGAUACUGCUUGCAACACCAAGGGAAGAAUGCUGAGAGACUACUGGUAUUUGAGUACAUUCCCAAUGGUAAUCUCAGGGAAUGUCUCGAUGGGGAACUAGGCCAAUGUUUGGGUUGGAAUACUCGAGUUUCAAUAGCUCUUGGAGCUGCACGAGGUUUGGAGUAUCUCCAUGAUGCUGCUGCACCUAGAAUAUUGCACAGAGAUGUCAAAUCCACCAACAUUCUCUUAGACGAAAGAUGGAGAGCCAAGAUUACUGAUCUUGGCAUGGCUAAACACCUUCAGAAUGAUGGCAUUCUCAGCUGUUCCAGUUCUCCAGAUAGAAUGCAAGGGACCUUUGGUUACUUUGCACCAGAGUAUGCAAUUGUUGGACGAGCUUCUUUGAAGUCUGAUGUUUUCAGCUUUGGCGUAGUUCUUCUUGAACUCAUCACUGGUCGAAAGCCCAUCCACAAGUCAUCCAACAAAGGGGCAGAAAGUCUCGUGAUAUGGGCAACAGCUCGUCUGCAUGACAGUAAGAGAGUGAUAGAAGAAUUGCCAGACCCGCAUCUCCAAGGCAAGUUUGAAGAAGAAGAGAUGCAGGUAAUGGCCUACUUAGCAAAGGAGUGCCUGCUGUUGGAUCCUGAUUCUCGACCAACAAUGAGUGAAGUGGUCCAGAUUCUUUCGACUAUCGCUCCAGACAGAUCUAAACGGAAUAAUCUGCCACUACGUGCAUUCCAGUGUGGAAUGAAGAGUGAGAAUCCAGAGAUGAGUGAUGGAGAUCUUCAUGACGCCUCCUCCUCCUCGACAGAAGAGAUCAAGCAAAUCACUUCUGAGAUCAUCAAGAAUGAGAAGGAGGAAGAUGAUUCGCCAUCCGACGUGGAGAAGCUGAUGCUCCUCACUUCAAAGAGACGAAGCUCGCGGGGCCUCCAAGACGACGAAGUGGUGGAUUUAACGGAGCCACGGUUGGAGUCAUUCUGCCUGCCAAACUUUGAGUCCCAUGUUGUCAAGAUUUCAUACGCAGGUACAUAAAACUCUAUACACAUUUGCAGCUGCUUCAAACGUGCCUAGAAAGCGCGUUUACAGCGCCAACAGGAAAAAAUAAAUUAAAAAGACAAAAAAGUAAAGUGUUGCAUCUGAAAAGAACCAAAAGAUGGAAUGAGCAUUACAUUUUGUAUGAUGGCUCUCAUUGUAUUUUUUUUAUUCUUGAUUUUGAGUUGUAAAAAAUGCGCUAGGAUUGGGUUUGUUUAGUGUCGAUGAGGUUAAAGGAUGGGUGGAAGUGGAAGCAGAAGCAGGAGCUCAUCAAAUGCUCUUUUAUUGGUUUAGGUUGGUAGUAUAUUCAACACUCAUUCUAGUAAUUUUUCACUUAUUUCGUGUAUAUUGCUGUACCACCAUAUUUAAAUUAGUAAUUUAAAAUCAUGGAAUUUGUUUUGGUACAA